CCUGCGCGUGCCCGGGCACCGCCCUGUCUGUCACCGGCCGCGGGAGCGCGCGGGGCCGCCCCUCUGCGGCGGGCGGGCGGCUGGGCGUGCGGAUGCGGAGAGCGAGCGGGGACCUGCGGGCGGUGGCGCCGCGGACACGUGCAGGAUGUCCUUCAAGAAGGAAACUCCACUUGCCAACGCUGCAUUCUGGGCAGCAAAGAGGGGAAACCUGGCCCUGCUGAAACUGCUGUUAAACAGUGGUCGUGUGGACGUGGACUGCAGAGACAGUGUACGGAGGGACGCGGUAUCUGCAUGCCCUGAGCACGCCUUUGCACUCUGCAGGCAUGAGCUCUUGCAAAUACUCUCUCCCUCCACACGCUUGUGUACUUGCUCUUGUUUUCGCUUGCCUUCACCUUUCCUGAGAAUCCUAAGAACCCAGACUUACAGAGAACUCCAGGCAUCUGUGAACUGCCAUCUUGGUCUUACUUGGGUCUCAGUGGACCAAUUCCUGCCCCGCUCUGACAAGUAUGAUGGGCAUGGCACCACACUUCUCAUGGUCGCUUCCUAUGCUGGCCACAUAGACUGUGUGAGGGAGCUUGUUCUGCAAGGAGCAGACAUCAACCUCCAGAGAGAGUCAGGUACAACUGCCCUGUUCUUCGCUGCUCAGCAAGGCCACAAUGAUGUUGUGAGAUUUCUCUUUGGAUUUGGAGCAUCCACUGAAUGUCGGACCAAAGAUGGGGGCACUGCCCUGUUGGCUGCUAGUCAGUACGGGCACAUGCCAGUGGUGGAGACCUUGCUGAAGCACGGAGCCAACAUCCAUGACCAACUUUAUGAUGGAGCCACUGCCCUCUUCCUGGCUGCCCAAGGUGGUUACUUGGAUGUCAUCCGGCUACUGCUGUCUUCAGGAGCAAAGGUCAACCAGCCAAGGCAGGAUGGAACCGCGCCGCUGUGGAUCGCCUCCCAGAUGGGCCACAGUGAGGUGGUGCGCGUGAUGCUGCUGCGGGGAGCUGACCGUGACGCUGCUCGCAACGACGGUACAACAGCAUUGCUGAAAGCAGCCAACAAAGGAUAUAACGAUGUCAUAGAGGAGCUGCUCAAAUUCUCACCUACUCUCGGUAUCUUGAAGAAUGGGACUUCGGCUCUCCACGCAGCAGUGCUCAGUGGGAAUGUUAAAACAGUUGCCCUGCUCCUGGAAGCAGGGGCAGAUCCAGCCUUGAGAAACAAGGCCAACGAGCUUCCAGCAGAACUAACCAAAAAUGAACGCAUACUGCACCUCCUGAGACAGAAAGAAGGACCUGGGAAGAAUGAACUUGGAUCCAUCUUAGAUAGAUAGGAACUUAGAGCACAGUGUCCAGAAAGAAAUGGUUCUUAACAAUGUUGGAAAUGAAGAAAGGAUGUCUGCCCUGUGGGUUUGCACACUGUGCACUGACCCAGGUCCACUUCCCUUUAUUUAUAGUGGGCGUCUCACACUGCCCUGAAACUUGGCCCUCGGGGACAUGGAUAGUCACAGAUUCCACAGAAACUUAUGUACAACUAUAACUAAGUUCAACUCCAUGUUGAACAUGAUUUCAGUGCUAAAAAAGGAAACAAAAGCUUCAUUCUUUAAGAGUCAGAGGCCGCACUUCAAUGAAGCAGUACAUGUUUACUUUUGUGUUUAAUGUGGCUAUGCUAAAAUACAAUGUGUUUAAUGUAGCUAUGCUAAAAUACAAUGUGUUUACUGUAAUUAUGCUAAAAUACAAUGUGUUUAAUGUAGCUAUGCUAAAAUACAAUGUGUUUAAUGUAGCUAUGCUAAAAUACAAUGUGUUUAAUGUAGCUAUGCUAAAUUACAAUGCCUCCAUAGUAGUUUUCAUUUGUUCAUUCAUUGUAAAAUAUUUUCUACCACCCAAGAUCAGAGUCAUGAUUAUUGUGAACUGGUGUAUACAUAAGCAUCCCUUAUUUAAGGUCCACUUUUGACAUUCCACUAUGUGCUACUCAAAGAUGGGCCAUUAACACAUAAAAAAGAUAAACUAUUUGUUGGUAAAAAAAAACCUCAUCUUUUUCCCCGACAUGUAAAGUCACUGUCUCCUAGUCCACAUUGUCAAUGUGUGAGGGUACCAAUGGGAAACUGAAAACCCCAACAUCUGCAAACCACAAGUCUCUUUGAGCUUUGACUCUGGUUGUAUGGUGUGGAGUCCAAUUCCCAAGGCAUAAGUGAGGACACAAUAUGUUGGGGAAUCUGGAGCUUCCUGCAGCACUGUCUCUGACACACUGACUGUGAGCUCACUGGAUGAAACAUGAUAUACAUGAGUACUGUUGCAGUUACUACUGGGGACUAUCCAGAGUAAAGGCAGUUGUUAGUAUUUCCCAGGUGCUCAUGAGUGAAUCGGUUCCAGCAAGGAACCACAAGAUCACUAGAUUGUUUGAGGAGGGUCUAAAGUUGAUGCUCAAUUCACUUUCAAUGGUGUCUAACUGCCUCUGUCGGUGCCUAACUGCAUAUACAGAAAUAAAACUUUCUUCUAUAAUGCACCCUAUGAAACACUAAUAGUACUUUCAUGUUAAACACAUAUCCACUAUGGUAGCUCAUACCAGGCUCCAGGUUCCAACCAGUAGUCUCUAUGUAAAGGCCUAUUAAGACAGAAGGAAAAGUAUUCCUAAGGAAGAUUUUGUUUAACUAAAUGCAAUGGUAUGAGAAGCAUUGCCUUUAAGUCUGUAAAUGCCAGAAUGGAACUUUUGAAAUCAGAAGAUGAUCUCUUAAAACUGUUUAUAAAUGAUAAAUGCAAUCAGAAUAUAAGAUUUUCAUAAACAUUGUUAACAAAGCCAGUGACAAGCAGCACACAGCCCUCAAAGAAGGAUAAAGUGUGACUGAUAAGCUCUGCAGAAAUCCCCAGUCUUAUUUCAAGAUAAAAGAUUAUAAAGUUGUGUGUGUUGCCACAACACCAGACACAAGUAUUUUGGUAGCUCACAAUCAGUACCAACUUCCCCAUUGGCAGCCUUUUACUUGGCAAAGUUAUGCAAAUACACGUUUCCUCCAUGGGAAUUUUGAAUUGCUAUAUUUGCCUUGAAGAAGAAAUUAAUGUGGACUUAAAUGCAUUUGCCCUUUAUAUAGCCCUAUAUAUUUAGCCCAGAGCCAGUUGUUCAUCACAAGUCCAAAAGAAAACAGUAUUGCAAAUACCACCAUCAACAACAACAAAACCAAAAGACAGCAUCAGAAACUUCAUGUUUUUUACUAAAACCUCUUGACAUUGGCCUGUCCCUCAUAUGAACCAUUUUAGGGCCAGGAAACUUAUACAGUAUUUUUAGUAAUACUUAAUAAAGACCUUUGCACUCUAUGAAACAGAUGUCUGGAUUAGCAUUUGAUCUACAUGCAAUUAUGAUGUUAUCCAUAGCAGGGAAGUUGGUUAGGAACCUACCAAAGACGGAACUAGAUGUCUAUUAUUUCAGAAACCGUGUUUCCAUUUGCAUACAUGUAAAGGACUCUUUAUAUUAGACUCCUUGACAAUCCAGUCAGUCUGCAUCCGAAGACUUAACACAAGCAGUUCUGCAAAUGAUCCACUUAGCUGCACUACAAAAGUUUCCACUACACCCAUCUGUUUGGCAACACAUUCCAUGUUAUGCUUAAAAUAAAGUCAAUAUACUUCCCGA